GACCUAGAGUUGGUUUAGGCAGUAGGGAGUUUCUGCUGGGGUCUGGAUUGGAGUCACAGAAGACCGGACCCUACCGUGUAUGAUUGGAGUCUAAAGGAAAAAAAGAACUUCCCUCGCCUCAAAGAGUCUACAUGUCUAAUAUUUAGACAUGUUCAGCUUUGUGGAUAUUCGGUUGGCGCUGUUGCUCAGCGCAGCGGUGCUUUUGGCAAGAGGACAAGGCGAGGAUGAUCGCACAGGCGGCAGCUGCACAUUGGACGGCCAGGUCUACAAUGACAGGGACGUCUGGAAACCAGAGCCAUGCCAAAUCUGCGUGUGCGACAGCGGCACCGUUAUGUGCGACGAGGUGAUCUGCGAGGACACAACCGACUGCCCCAACCCAGUGAUUCCCCACGACGAGUGCUGCCCUGUCUGCCCAGACGAAUUCCAGGAGCCCAGUGUUGAGGGACCAAGAGGUCCUGCUGGUGAUAAGGGUGAAAGGGGUCCUCCUGGCCCUCCCGGCAAUGACGGAAUCCCUGGACAGCCUGGUCUUCCUGGGCCCCCAGGCCCCCCUGGACCUCCUGGCCUUGGUGGAAACUUUUCUCCUCAGAUGUCUGGUGGAUUUGAUGAGAAAUCCGGAGGAGCAAUGGCCGUCCCAGGCCCCAUGGGACCUAUGGGCCCCCGUGGACCCCCUGGACCUCCUGGAUCUGCUGGACCCCAAGGAUUCACUGGUCCCCCUGGUGAGUCUGGUGAGGCUGGUUCUCCUGGUCCAAUGGGUCCCCGUGGUUCAGCUGGUCCCCCUGGAAAGAACGGAGAGGAUGGUGAGUCUGGCAAACCCGGUCGCCCUGGUGAGCGCGGACCCUCUGGCGCACAGGGUGCUCGUGGAUUCCCCGGAACCCCUGGACUUCCAGGCAUCAAGGGACACAGAGGAUUCAGCGGUCUAGAUGGAGCUAAGGGAGAUACUGGCCCUGCUGGACCUAAGGGUGAGCCUGGUGCCCCUGGUGAGAACGGAACUCCUGGAGCUAUGGGUCCUCGUGGUCUGCCUGGCGAGAGAGGCCGCUCUGGUCCUCCUGGUGCUGCUGGUGCUCGUGGUAACGAUGGUGCCGCCGGAGCUGCUGGUCCUCCUGGCCCAACUGGCCCUGCUGGUCCCCCAGGAUUCCCUGGUGGCCCUGGAUCUAAGGGAGAGGUUGGUGCUCAGGGAACUCGUGGUGCAGAGGGACCCCAGGGAGCCCGUGGUGAGCCUGGUAAUCCUGGACCUGCUGGUGCUGCUGGACCCGCUGGUAACAAUGGAGCUGAUGGUGCCCCUGGUCUUAAGGGUGCUCCUGGCGCUCCUGGUAUUGCUGGUGCUCCUGGUUUCCCUGGACCACGUGGUCCUUCUGGGGCUGCUGGAGCUGCUGGUGCCCCUGGCCCUAAGGGUAACACUGGUGAGUUCGGUGCCUCUGGUGCCAAAGGAGAGGCUGGUGCUAAGGGAGAGGCUGGUGCCCAAGGAGUUCAGGGUCCCCCUGGCCCCCCUGGUGAGGAAGGCAAGAGAGGAGCUCGUGGUGAGCCCGGUUCUGCCGGUGUCCGCGGAUCCCCUGGUGAACGUGGUGCUCCUGGUGCUCGUGGUUUCCCUGGUGCUGAUGGAUCUUCAGGUCCUAAGGGUGCCACUGGUGAGCGUGGAGGCCCUGGAGUUGUUGGACCUAAGGGUGCCACUGGUGAGCCUGGUCGCAAUGGUGAACCUGGUAUGCCAGGAUCCAAGGGUAUGACUGGUAGCCCUGGCAGCCCUGGACCUGAUGGAAAGACCGGAUCUUCUGGUGCUCCUGGACAAGAUGGCCGCCCUGGACCACCUGGCCCCGUUGGAGCCAGAGGACAGCCUGGUGUCAUGGGAUUCCCUGGACCUAAGGGUGCUGCUGGUGAGGCUGGCAAACCCGGUGAGAGAGGUGUGAUGGGUGCUAUUGGUGCCACUGGCGCUCCCGGUAAGGAUGGUGAUGUUGGUGCCCCUGGUGCCUCUGGACCUGCUGGGCCUGCAGGUGAGAGAGGUGAACAGGGACCUGCUGGUCCUCCUGGAUUCCAGGGUCUGCCAGGACCUCAGGGUGCUACUGGUGAGCCUGGCAAAUCUGGUGAGCAGGGUCUUCCUGGAGAGGCUGGAGCUUCUGGACCUGCUGGAUCCAGAGGCGACAGAGGAUUCCCUGGUGAGCGUGGUGCCCCUGGCUCUGCUGGUCCUGCUGGUGCCCGUGGUUCUCCAGGUGCAGCUGGUAACGAUGGUGCCAAGGGUGAUGCUGGUGCCCCAGGUGCCCCUGGUGCUCAGGGUCCUCCCGGACUUCAAGGAAUGCCUGGUGAUCGUGGUGCUGCUGGUCUGCCAGGUCUUAAGGGUGACAGAGGUGACCAAGGUGCCAAGGGUGUUGAUGGUGCCCUUGGUAAAGAUGGCAUCCGAGGUAUGACCGGACCAAUUGGACCUCCUGGACCUGCUGGAGCUCCUGGUGACAAGGGAGAGACUGGUGCUCCUGGACUUGUUGGACCUAAUGGUGCCCGUGGACCACCUGGUGAGCGUGGAGAGACUGGUCCUUCUGGACCCGCUGGAUUUGCUGGACCUCCUGGUGCCGAUGGUCUGCCUGGUGCUAAGGGAGAGUCUGGAGACAAUGGUGCAAAGGGUGACGCUGGUGCUCCAGGACCUGCCGGAGCGACUGGUGCCCCCGGACCUCAGGGUCCUGUUGGUGCUACUGGACCCAAGGGUGCCCGUGGUGCUGCUGGUCCUCCAGGUGCUACUGGCUUCCCUGGUGCUGCUGGCCGAGUUGGACCUCCCGGCCCUGCUGGAAACGCUGGACCCCCAGGACCUUCUGGAGUCCCUGGUAAAGAGGGCCAGAAAGGUAACCGUGGUGAGACUGGACCUGCUGGGCGCACUGGUGAAGUUGGUGCUGCUGGACCACCUGGUGCCCCUGGUGAGAAAGGAAAUCCUGGAGCUGAGGGUCCUUCCGGCUCUGCUGGUAUCCCUGGACCUCAAGGUAUUGGUGGUCAGCGUGGUAUUGUUGGUCUCCCUGGCCAGAGAGGCGAGCGUGGUUUCCCUGGUCUCCCCGGCCCAUCUGGAGAGCCUGGCAAACAAGGACCAUCUGGUCCCUCUGGUGAGCGUGGACCUCCUGGACCCAUGGGACCCCCUGGAUUGGCUGGAUCUCCUGGUGAGCCUGGUCGUGAGGGUACUCCAGGUAAUGAGGGCUCUGCUGGACGUGAUGGUGCUUCUGGCCCCAAGGGUGACCGUGGUGAGACUGGCACUGCUGGCACCCCCGGUGCUCCUGGACCUUCUGGUUCUCCUGGACCCAUUGGCCCUGCUGGAAAGACUGGUGAUCGUGGAGAGUCUGGUCCUGCUGGUCCUGCCGGUGCUGCUGGCCCUGCUGGUCCCCGUGGACCCGCUGGACCCUCUGGAGCUCGUGGAGACAAGGGUGAGACUGGUGAGGCUGGUGAGAGAGGCAUGAAGGGACACAGAGGAUUUACAGGAAUGCAGGGACCCCCAGGACCUCCUGGACCCUCUGGAGAGCCUGGACCUGCUGGAUCUUCUGGAGCCGCUGGACCUAGAGGCCCUGCUGGAUCUGCUGGAGCCACUGGUAAGGAUGGUAUGAGCGGACUUCCUGGACCCAUUGGACCUCCUGGACCCCGUGGUCGCAGUGGAGAAAUUGGACCCUCUGGACCUCCUGGACCUCCCGGACUCCCUGGACCUCCUGGACCCUCUGGUGGUGGAUUUGAUAUCGGCUUCAUUGCCCAGCCACAGGAGAAGGCCCCUGAUCCCUUCCGCUCAUACCGUGCCGACGAUGCCAAUGUGAUGCGCACCCAGACUGGAAGAGCGGCGAGUACUGGAUUGACCCUGACCAGGGCUGCAACCAGGAUGCCAUCAAGGUCUACUGCAACAUGGAAACUGGUGAGACCUGCGUCUACCCAGCUGAGUCCUCCAUUCCCAAGAAGAACUGGUACACAAGCAAGAACAUCAAGGAGAAGAAGCACGUCUGGUUCGGAGAGGCCAUGACCGAUGGCUUCCAGUUCGAGUAUGGCAGCGAGGGCUCUAAGCCUGAGGAUGUCAACAUUCAGCUCACCUUCCUGCGCCUCAUGUCCACUGAGGCCUCCC